AUGUUCACAGCACUCAACAAGCUCGGUUACAAUUGUUAUCAUGGACUCGUAGCAGCAACAGAUCCACGUAGCAGAGCAGACCGACACCUAGCCUGCUGGCACGAGGCCCUCAACUACAAAGUUUACGGAAUUGGCAGGGCGUAUAGUCCCUUGGAUCUCGAUAAGAUCUUGCAAUACUAUAGUGUAAGCUCGAACCCUUUGUCUCAUGUUUGUUUCUAAUUUGGAUGGUAUUCGUCGCUUAGACUGUCACUGAUAUGCCAUGUAUCAAUUUCUCCAAAGAACUUAUAGAACAGUUCCCCAAUGCCAAGGUUAUCUUGACGCACCGCGAUCCUCAGGCUUGGAUUAAGUCUGUAAAUAAUACUAUCCUUCACGUCCUUAGUUGGAGAAUCUGGCCCGUCAUAAAAUAUAUCGAACCCGUAUGCAAUUCUAGUACACUUCCAUAGGAGACCCCCUAACAUCUCCCUCAGAACCACCUUACCCCUUUCCGAGACUGCGUCCAACUCUACAUGGAGGAUUGGACACUACCUGCGCCAUACAAUGACCAAGAAGCGCUUCUUAAAUACAUAUCCCAGCAUACUGCAUUGAUAAAGUCACUUGUUCCGGCAGAAAACCUGUUGGAGUUUCAGCCCGGAGAUGGGUGGGAGCCAUUAUGCGAGUUUCUGGGCAAGAAGAUGCCGGUCGAUGAGCCGUUCCCGUUUGCGAAUAAGGGGCUGUCGAUUGUGGAUAUGGUUAGAUACGCGAUUAGGAGGGAGAUGGUGAGGUUUCUCAAGCCGUAUCUAGUAGGCCUUGGGACUUUGGCGGGUAGUUGGUUGGUGGGUAGAUUUGUGCGGUACUGGAAAGUUGGGUGGAAUAAGUCGAUGAAAGGAAUUUAG